AUGACUGGUUCUGGUUCCCCUUGUGGUGCCUGCAAGUUCCUGAGAAGAAAAUGCCUUGAAGGCUGUGUUUUUGCGCCUUAUUUCUGCCAUGAACAAGGUGCUGCCCAUUUUGCAGCCAUCCACAAGGUUUUUGGUGCAAGCAAUGUCUCUAAGCUCCUUGCUCACCUCCCCGUCACUGAACGCUCUGAGGCUGCCGUCACGAUCUCCUAUGAAGCUCAAGCUGUUAAAAGUUUCAAAGUUUGGCUUCACGACCCCAUUUAUGGCUGCGUUUCUCAUAUCUUUGCCCUCCAACAACAGGUUGUCAAUUUACAGGCACAGCUUGCGUCUCUCAAGGAACAAGCAACUCAGAGCAGUAGUUUUAAUGGCACUGUUACUGCAAACCCUAAUGACAUUUACUGUGGAAAGCUUCCUUGUCAGCGGCUCCACGAUGAUGUUCAAAGCUGGUUUUACCCACAUGAUUCAACCAUGGCACCACCCAACUUUAACUGUAAGAAUAGGUUUUUGGAUCCGACUUCUUUAGGGAAGUAUGAAAGUUCAUCGGAUCAAUCCUCGUUUACGGCUUUUGGCGGGGAGGCCCCUUGUUCCAUGUCUUCUUCCUUUGAACAAUGGAGUUUCGAGGAUGUCGAUCACCUUCAAACCAUGGCCUUUGGCUAUGCUCAUCGUUCAUGA